GCUUUGGUUUGUCAGUUGCUAACUGGUUGCUAAGCUGCAGCAGGAGACCGGAGCUCGAGACUGUCAACAACAAGUGUUUACCGGCAGCGGAGACCGAUUAGCUUCUCACGGUUUAACUAACAACCAUUCAGAUGAUUAACGGCGGCCGACAGACCAAGGUGGAGAAGGCUCCGUGCAGACUGUAGAUGAGAGCUGAUGUCUGAACUCGGUGAUCCUGACUGAACUUCAUGAAUUAACCUCGGCAGUUCAUCAGCAUUUCAGAGGAAGCAGCCAGUCUCCCAGUGUGAGCAGUAUGGCUGCAGCCAGCACCACCAAGAUCUCCUGGAGGCUGCAGGAGUUCGAGGCUCACUCCAGCAGUGUUACCUGUCUGGCUCUGGGGAAAAGCUCUGGCCGCCUGCUGGCUACAGGCGGAGAGGACUGCAGGGUCAACAUCUGGGCCGUCAGCAAGGCCAACUGCAUCAUGAGUUUGACUGGUCACAGGAACCCAGUGGAGUGUGUCCAGUUCAACACGUCAGAGGAGCAGGUCGUCGCUGGUUCCCAAUCUGGAUCAAUACGAGUCUGGGACCUGGAGGCUGCCAAGAUUUUCAGGACUCUGAUGGGACACAAAAGCAACAUCACCAGUCUGGGCUUCCAUCCGUUUGGACAGUUCCUCGCCUCGAGCUCCAUGGACACGAACAUCAAGCUGUGGGACGUGCGGAGGAAAGGAUACGUGUUCAGGUACAAGGGUCACACUCAGGCCGUGCGGAGUCUGGCCUUCAGUCCGGACGGGAAGUGGUUGGCUUCAGCCAGCGAUGACUGCACCGUCAAGCUGUGGGACCUGACUCAGGGGAAGACCAUCACCGAGUUUAAAUCUCACACCGCAGCCGUCAACGUGGUCCAGUUUCACCCCAACGAGUACCUGCUGGCUUCAGGCAGCUCCGACAGGACUGUGAAGCUGUGGGAUCUGGAGAAGUUUACGAUGAUCGGCUCGUUGGAGGGAGACACCACUCCAGUGAGGUGUGUAUUUUUCAGCUCAGAUGGCAGCUGUCUGUACAGCGGCUCCACAGACUCUCUGCGGAUCUUUGGCUGGGAGCCCGACCGCUGCUUCGACGUGGUGCCAGUGGGCUGGGGGAAAGUCUCCGACCUGGCAAUCUGCAACCAACAGCUGAUCGGUGUGUCUCACCAGCUGUCCAGCGUGUCGUCCUACGUGGUCGAUCUGAAGCGCGUGAAGAAGAGUGGCGGCUCCAUGAUCCAGGGAAUCAUCCAGGACAACCAGCCGCUCACGGAGCCAAAGGAUCCUAAAGGAGCCGCGCUGCGGAGGAACUAUGAGAGACCCACAACCACCUGCAGCUCACAGAGGGUGAAGCAGAGUUCUGAGGCUGAUAGGCGGAGCCCCGAAGGCGAGAGGCGGAGCCCCAGCGAGGACGAGGCGGACGAGAAAGUGUCCUCGGCUGAAAUCCACAACGCAGAAGACUUCAAGGAGAUCUUCCAGCCGAAGAACGCCAUCUCGCGAACUCCUCCGAAGAUAUCAGAGCCUUUCCCUGCUCCUCCAGAGGACGACACUGUUUUAGCGAUUGGCCGUCAGCUAAAGGACAUAUCUCCUUUUCCUGAAAAGCUGCAGGCUCCCCCCCUGGCCUCCUCCACUCCUGUCCAGAGGGUGGAACCUACAGUGGUCUCCUGUGCAAAGCGGCCGGCCCCCUCAGCCGGCGGCCAGGCCUCCCCCAACCCCCCCGCCUCCUGCCCACCUCCUCCUCAGCCCCCCGUCAUCACGGCGAAGCCCAAACCACAACCUAAAAUCAUCCUCAGCAGCAGGAACGAGCCCAUCGGACUGAAUGUGGCCGACUUCCUGCCUUCUUCCCCCAACAACCGAGCCGGCGCUAUGAGCGACGAGGAUGCUCUGUCUCAGCUGAAGAAGGGUCAUGACACCAUGUGUGUGAUGCUGCGCAGCCGACACAAGAACCUGGAGACGGUCCGAGCCGUGUGGGUCAGAGAGGACAUCAAGAGCGCUCUAGACACUGCUGUCUCCAUGAAUGACCUGUCGAUCGUCGUGGACAUCCUCAACAUCAUCAACCUUCAACCGUCGCUGUGGAAACUGGAUCUGUGCAUAACGAUUCUUCCUCAGAUCGACCAGCUGCUGCAGAGUAAAUAUGAGAGCUACAUCCAGACUGGCUGUACGUCUCUGAAGCUGAUCAUGAAACAUUUCUGGAUGCUGAUCUCAGACACCCUGAAGGCGGCUCCGUCCGUCGGAGUGGACAUCACGCGGGAGGAGCGACACCUGAAGUGCAGAGCGUGCUGCAAGCAGCUGAAGAACCUGAACAACAUGGUGAAGAACAAGGCGGCCCAGAUCGGUCGCCACGGCAGCGCCUUCAAAGAGCUGCAGCUGCUCAUGGCGCCGCUCGACGACUCGCUCUGAGACACGGCGACGGUUCCCGCUGACGACGGUCGCCACCGGACGCAUCGGCCAAUCAACAGCUGGACACGCGGACUGAAGCUGAAACUGUUUGUAAAAGUGUUUUUUUUUUUUUUUUUAAAGAUGUUAAUCUUGUUUCUCUGAAGGAACACGCUGACACUCAGAAUCACAGACGGAGAACGGCGUGGGGCCGCUCGCUGGCGGCGAGGCAGCUCGGACGCCGCUCCGCUCUGCUGAGCCAAUCAAACGUCUCUUCUAGCUUCAGAGGCCGCGUGGUGUUCGUUUAACGCGGGAGAAUAUUUGGACAAAGAGCCUCGACAACAGCGGGCGUGGAUUCUGUCUCUCAGGCCGACCGUGAGCUCUCCUCCCCGAGAGAACAAGACAAUCACUAAAGAUUUUGGAUGCUUCCGGGACGCUACCGUCUCACCUGCUGUGCAACACGACCGCAAACUAACUCCAGAGUUCAACUGAUUUCACUUCGAGCACAAAAACGCUCACGUUAAAGGAAUAUUUAGACAUUUUGCUGAAUGUUGAUUGAUGCCACUCUCAUGUCUGCAGUCAGGCUUCAAAAUUAACUUUUUGUCCACCAGCCAAAUGGCUAAUGAAUGUUCAAAUACUACCAGCCACUCAACAGGUCACCAUUGGGGUUUUUUGGCUGGUGAGUGAAGCCAAUCUACCAGCAACCUUGUCUGCAUCCGGUUAGUUUAACAUUAAGACAGGAAACAGGAAAUACAGCUAGCUUUUAAAUCCACCAAUCCACUUCUAAAAGCUCCGUUAAGACCACAUCAUAUCACGCUGGAGUCUUCCCGUCACUGGACAUUAGGGAUGCACCGAAUCCAGAUUUUUGGGGUUCGGCCGAAUACCGAAUCCACUGGUUAAGAUUCUGCUGAAUCCUCCUCCCAUCCUCAGUCCAUUGACACAGUCAACACAUGAAUGAAGUUAACAACGUCCACAGCCUCUAAAAUAGUUAAAUGUAACAGCUUAAUGUUGAAUUCACAUCGUAGGAAAGCACAUC